AGAAUAUUUGGAUGUUCAUCCCAGCAAUAAAUCUUGCUCAAAAAAAUGGAUAGGAGGCAGUCCUACGCCCAAUAAAUAAUGAUGUUCCAGCUGACUCAUGCAUGCUAAUCUGGAUAGUUGGGCUAAUGGAAAGUAUUAAGGUCAAAAUCUAACACAACAUAGCAUUAAGGUCAAAAUCUAGUCACAACCUUUCACACACAAUAAAUUAUAAUUUCUCCAAUUUCCAUUGGUAUUAGGCUACAGAGCAGGGGUGAAAUUAAUUUUGCAUACUUCAAACCACGUGUGCCCCUCAAUCAGUAUUUAAACCACAAGGAUAAGAUUGAGACCAGGUACCCAAAAUGACUCGGUUUACAUGCUUUAGCGUUCUUCUCUCAGUUUUAAGUUGUAUGGCAUUUAAAGAAAAAGUAUCAAGAAAAUGUAUGCAAGACACCAAGAGAUUUAUUGAGGACCUUAACGAGGACAUCCCAAGAGAGUAUGCUGCUUUGAUGUAUGAUGCUUUUGGAAAAAUGGGCAGCGAUUUUGUGGGUGGAAACAUGAACAGACCAGGAUCAUUCAGUGAAUGCAUUUUAGCCAAUGCAGGUGAUUUCAGUGGGCAGUACUGCCAGGUCAUGUUAAUACAGGAACAAACUGGGUACUUGGUGGGCUUGUGUGUUCCAGAUUCUUGUGACGAGGCUGAAAUUGAAAUAUUAGUUGCAAAUGAUGUAUAUAAGUAUAAGGAUACAUCAUUAGUGCCUCCCAUUCCAUCUGUGCUUCUUCACAACUCUACACAACAGAUACCAGUAUCCACAACAAAAUGUCUGAAAAAAAAUGGUACUCCAGAUGCAUCUGCUAUAGUUUGCCUGUUUGUUUGCAGCUUCAUUGUGGCACUUCCCCUAGGUGGAACUAUUUAUGUAGCCUUAAUAAAAUGGAAAAAACAAAAAUGGAAUCUAUCCACUGUUGGUUCCAACUUUAAGUCAGAUCCAAAUCUUUACGGUACCUUUCUUCAACAUGAUGUGCACCAGAAACAUGCCAAUAGCUUCAGUGCAGAUGUAGAAUCACCAACAGAACACAAAUCGGGAAGAGAAGUGGAAGAAAACAACAAAAAUCGUUUGGUUUACUUUUUGGAUAAUUUUAUGAAAACAUUCUCGUUGCAAAAUAAUUUUUCAUCUCUGUGGGUUACAAAGGACAAAGGACAUUAUUCUGCACUGAAUGGAAUUCGAAUUUUGAGUCUCCUGUGGAUCAUUUGUGGACACAAUAUCCAGUUAAGCUCUUGGGAAAACUUAGACAAUGCUAAAAGAUGGAAAGACAGUGUAGAAAACAAUCCAGUUUACAUUGUUGCAUUAAGUGGACCCUCCUAUUUAGCUGUGGAUACCUUCUUGCUUAUUGGUGGUCUCCUAAGUGUAAAAUCACUUUUCAGCUUGAUUCACAGAGCAGAUGACAAGAUGACCAUACAGCUUGUGGGAACAUUUUUGCUUAACAGAUUAAAGAGGAUCCAGCCUCUCCACAUUUUCAUGGUUUGCCUAUCUAUUGGAUUACUUUCUGUUGUCCCUAAGGGUUCCUUCUGGAGUUUUGCAGAAAUGCAGAUAGAUAUUUGUAAAAAAUAUUGGUGGACAAACAUGCUGCUUAUAAAUAAUUUGUUUUUUUACCCUAACUCGUGCAUUCCAUGGUCAUGGUAUCUGGCUAUUGAUGUCCAGUUCUAUUUUACAACACCUUUGCUGGUUUUUCUGCUCCGAAGAAAUACAUGCACACUGAUUGCUGUAGCAACCAUCUUCCUUUUAAUUCCCUGCUUUAUCAGUGCCUUGCUAACAGCUUAUUUCCAAUUACCACUGUAUCUACCAAGUGAAUGGAUUCACAAGGCAUACUUUGAAUAUUAUUAUAAUAAGCCGUAUUCCAGAUAUGGUCCAUAUUUAAUUGGAAUCCUUCUGGGCAUGUUCAUGAACGCCAAGAAAGAGCGUCUUUUAAAGAAACAGUGGCAGGCUGCAGUUGGCUGGAUUUCCUCUUUGACCUCCAUGGCUUUGUUGGUAGCCCUAGCGUAUGUUUUACAUGAGGUUCCCAAUUAUCCGUCUGCACCUCACGCUAUAUACCAGGGGCUGCACAGGACUCUCUGGGCUGUUGCUGUUGCCUGGAUAAUAUUUGCUUGUGAUGAAGGUUUCGGAGGAUAUAUAAAUACAUUUCUUUCCCUAAAUGUGUGGAUCCCAUUUUCAAGCAUCAGUUUUGCAUGCUUCAUGAUACACCCUCUUCUUAUUAUUAUAUUCAAUGGAAUUCAGGAAACUUUGUUCCAUUAUACAGACAUUAACUUUUUCUACCUUUACAUGGGACACAUCAUUCUGACAGUCGCUCUGGGAUAUGUAUUAACUGUGCUGGUUGAAAAACCAUACUUAUUUCUAAAGCGCCACAUGAAAUAAUUAUGGAAUAUGCAAGCUGUGGAAGGCACUCAAGAUUUAUACUUGCAAUAAAAAAGCAUGUGAAUUUUAAACAAAAGAGAAUAUUUUGUGGAUUUUAAGAACCAGUUGCAAAUUGAUGCCAUGAAUUGAUUUUUUACUAUAAAAAUACAUCAAAGUGAUAAAUCAAAAUUGUAUAUUUUAUGAUAUGUUCCACAAUUUAUUUAUAAAAACUGUUAAUUUGUCAGCAUCUUGAAGUCUCUGGUUUUAUAUUUGCUUGUUUUACACAAACCUCUCAGUUAAAUGAAUACUGGGUUGUUCAGUUGGCUAGUAAACAUCUAAGAUACAUUUUUACAAAAAGCCUGGUUCACUUCCCUGAAUCCAGCUGUCCUAGUAUUCUCACACUUUUUACCUGUUAAUACAUAGACUGAACUGCAGCCUCCAUUCUCAUGUGUUCUUCAUUCCAUUCACAAUAAUGAGCACUGUUGGCAGAGGACUAGACAAAUAGAAAAUAUAUGGGGGGAGGGUUCAUUUUGAAGGACGACAGUGCCAAGAUGUGAAGAUCAGACCCUAUUAUGCAGGUAGUGGACAAAAAAAUGGAAAUACCUGGGUAAAUGAGGGACACCAAGUAUAUUCAAAGCAAGGGCUUCCACACAGGUGUGGCUCAUGCGUUAAUUAAGCAAAUAACAUCCCAGCAUGCUUAGGAUCAUGUAUAAAAAUGCUGGACAGGCCUGGUUGCCUAUAAUUAUGGCUAGCAUGGCUGCAAGAGGAGACCUCAGUGACUUUGAAAGAGGGGUGAUUGUUGGGGCGCGUUUGGCAGGAGCUUUAAUGACCAAGACAGCUCAACACGAGCAACGGUGUCUAAGGUGAUGUCGGCAUGGAACUCCGAGGGAAAGACAUCAUCAGCAAAGGGCAACAGUGGACGGAAGCGCAUACUCCAGGAUUGUGAUAUCCGUGCAUUAAUUCUAAGUGCAAGGCAAAACAGGUGAGCAACUGCAGAUCAAUUGACUGCAAAUUUCACCCUGGGGCAUGAGUAGCCAGUUUCAUCAAAAACGGUCCACCGAGAACUCCACAGCGCCUUAUUAAGUGACUUUACAUUGGUGUUUCCAUGUUUUUGUCCACUACCUGUAUAUUGAGGAUAUUAUUUAUGUAUUUUUCACAUUUUGGAUGUUGACAAUCAUUCUGAGUGAUUCCAUGCCUGUACAAUCCUAGUUGAUUCCAAUGAAAUAUCUUCUAGGGACCUUUCCACAGAUGGAUUCUGAUACAGGGAAAAAUGUGUAGAAUUCAGUACUGGAGCAACAGUUGUCAGAACCACUCAGAAUGGUUGUAAACAUCGUAAAGGGUUAAUGGAAAGAAAGGAAAUUAUAUGAUACUUGAAGCUUUUGAACCUUGAAUAAUAUGUUUGCAGUAUUUCUCUAGCGCCACUUUUCAAAUGCAAACAGUUUAAUAUAGAAUAUACCUAAUAAAACUAUGAGUUAGUUGUAUUGUAAAAGUGUAUACUAAAUGUAGGUAAAUGUAUGGUUGAAAAGAGACACACACAGCUAAAAAACACCAUCCAUGACAAGCAACUUGAGAGUUCAUUGCUUCAUGUAAUAAAAAUAAACCACGCUUUAAAAAUUGCAUUUUAAUUAAUGUUCCUUUAGUGCUACUUUUUGUUUAUAUUUGUUGGUGGGUGGAUAUGGUCUAGAGUUAACAAAUGUAUUUCAAAAAGGUUCAUUUCAGACCUACAAAUCAACAGAUACUUGAUGACAUAUUUACAAUAAUUCCUCUAUAAAUGUGCUCUUAUCGUAACAUUUUUAAAUAAUUUAAACAAAUUUGAUGCACACUACUAGCCCCAUUUUAAUGAAAGCACUGUAUAAACUUUAAAUACACACACACACACAUUGAAAUAUUAUACAAAUAAUCCACAGAAGCACUCUGUUACUGUAUGUGUAUGAAUUUGGCCCAUGCCACAUUGAAUAACUUAUUGUGUGCCAGGCUGUGAUCAAGGUCAAUAGAGCAGCCACCAAUUGGCCACAUCAGUAGCAUAUUGUAAAUGAUAUUGAUGGCACUUUUUGUAUUUUUAUGUACUGUAUUACAUUUUACUGUAUCGAAAUAAAUUUCCCUUUUAUACAAUACAUCU